AUGUUUGUCCUGUUGUUUCUAUCCCUCUUCUCCGCGUACCUAGCCUAUGAAUUGUACUGGAAGCGUCGGAAUCUGCCGCCCGGACCGUGUCCUCUUCCGAUUUUCGGGAAUUUGCUGUCACUGAACUACCCUCCACCUGGAUAUGCGGCAUUUGAGCGAUGGACGAGGCAGUUUGGAGAUGUGUACACGUUUUGGAUCGGUUCGUUCUUGCAGUAAUUCUAAACUUUUCCAAAUUGUAAUUUAUAGGAAACACCCCGCACAUCAUGGUGAACAGUUAUGAGAAGAUGAAGGAGACUUUCAUUCGGGACGGCGAUUUGUAUGCGAACAAGAAAAAUCCGCCGAUGUUGGAGAUGUUCCGAGGGGGUGAGUACGGUGUGAUCGACGCGAAUGGGGCCGUGUGGAGGGACCACCGAAGAUUCGCACUCUCCAGUUUAAGGGACUUUGGACUGGGCAAGAAUUUGAUGCAGGAGAAGGUACGAGUGAUCUGUAAACUUUGAAGAUUUCAUUGAUUUUGCGCAGAUUCUGUUGGAGGUUGAAGACGUUUUCAAAAAGUUUGAUGCAUCUGAAGGCUCGGAAGUUUCAAUUCCUCCGGUUUUCGAUAAUGCCAUCGCCAAUGUCAUCAAUCAACUGCUAUUCGGAUACCGAUUCGAUGAGGUUCCUCAAACUUUUAGGUUUCAUACUUUACAUUUUUAUUUCAGACAAGACAAGACGAGUUUAUAGCGCUCAAAAAGAUCAUCGACGCUCCUCCAGAACUAUUCGGACGUUUUCAUAUCUUUCUGGCGAUAAACCUUCCAGUUCUUGCCAAAUUCAUCCCGAAAAGUAUCUUCGAGAAGCCGUAAGUUGUUCUCUUUUUUCCUACUUUCUAACAGAGUUGCCACGGGCCGGGCCAAAAUUUUCAGAACUCCGGCCCGGCCCGGCCCGGCCGGCCCGGUUCAAAAAGCGGGAAUCCAAAUUUUGAACUAUUGAUUAAAUAAAAUGUUUGUUUUCCGUAGAACUAACGAAUUUUGCAAGUAUCGAGCAUAAAAAAGAAAUUUAGUUCUCAAAAAUAGUUUUUAUUGGCAUCAAAGCAAAAGUUUUAAUUUUGAUCCCCGCAAAAAAAAACGAAAAAAUAGAUUUCCCCCAAAAAUUUGAAUUCGCGCCUUUUUAGCCGGGCCGGCCGGCCCGUAAUCUGGCAAGUCUGCUUUCUAUUCUCACCUCUUUUUUUCUGUAGGAUCGUAUAUUUUCGAGACACCGCUUUCGGCUUCUUCAACCGACAAAUUGAAGAGCAUCGGAGGAAGGUGGACUUUUCCGAAACGGAAAACUCGGAUUACGUAGAAACAUUUUUGAAAGAACAGAAGAAGAGAGAAGCGGACGGGGAUAUGGAGACUUUUUGCAAUAAGCAACUGGCAAACAUGUGUUUGGACCUCUGGUUCGCGGGCUUGGGGACCACAACGAAUACGGUCACCUGGGCGAUCAGUUACGUGCUGAACAGUCCGGAAGUUCAGGAGAAGAUGCACGAGGAGAUGGACAGAGUGAUCGGAAGUGAUCGGUUGGUCACCACUGCCGACAAGAACAGUCUUCCCUUCAUGAAUGCCGUUAUUAAUGUGAGUUUUAUCAACCUUUCAACCUUAAGGCCAACUUUUUCAAAUUCAGGAAUCCCAACGAUGUGCCAAUAUAGUGCCUCUAAACCUUCAACACGCCACCACCCGUGACACUAUCAUCAACGGCUACAAAAUCCCAAAAGGCACUGGAGUUGUGGCUCAAAUCAGCACAGUGAUGAACGACGAGAAGGUGUUCAAGCAACCGGAGACUUUUAAUCCGGAGCGCUUCAUGGAUGCGCGCGGGAAAUUGAGAAAAGUGGAGGAACUGGUGCCGUUCUCGGUCGGAAAACGGCAGUGUUUGGGCGAAGGGCUCGCCCGCAUGGAGCUCUUCCUCUUCCUCGCCAACUUCUUCAAUCGAUAUCGGGUUUGCCGAUCGCUGAAAAGUUGUUUCUAUUGUACAGAUUUCAGGUCUCACCUUCCGAAUCCGAAGGACGUCCGUCGUUGUCGAAAGAUUGCGGAAUCAUGAUCGAGCCACGUGUGUUCUCUGGUGUAGUGAGCAGGAGACAUUUGUAA